GUUAAGAUCCGGCUCCCCGUUGCCGGUGCCAUGGAGGCGGCGGUGGCGGUGGAAGUCGAAAAUGAGGACGGCGACAGCAGCUGCGGGGACCUGUGCCUCCUAGACAAAGGCCUGCGGAGCAUAUCAGAGUUAUCUUUAGAUUCAGCUCUUCAUACCAUCAAUCUUCGCUGCAAUAAUAUCUCCAAAAUAGAAGCGCUUGAUCAUAUUUGGAAUUUACAACAUUUAGAUCUGUCAUCUAAUCAAAUCAGUCAAAUCGAAGGGCUAAGCACACUGUCAAAUCUAUGCACCUUGAAUUUAUCCUGCAACUUGAUCACAAGAGUAGAAGGACUUGAAGAACUAGUCAAUCUGACUAGACUGAAUUUAUCCUAUAAUCAGAUAAACGAUCUUAGUGGGUUGAUCCCUCUUCAUGGAGUUAGGCAUAAACUUCGACACAUUGACCUACAUGGUAAUUGUAUAGAUAGCAUUCAUCACUUACUUCAGUGUACAAUAGGACUGCACUUCCUGACUUAUCUUAUUUUGGAAAAAAAUGGAGAUGAUAAUCCUGUGUGUCAUGUGCCAGGUUAUAGAGCUAUCAUUCUCCAGACUUUGCCGCAGCUUAGAAUCCUGGAUUGCAAGAACAUAUUUGGUGAACCAGUAAAUCUGUCGGAAAUAAACGUCUCCCACCUGCAGUGCUUGGAAGGUCUUUUGGAUAAUUUAGUUUCCUCUGAUUGUCCCCUAAAUACAAGUGAAGAGGAGACCAUAGAUAGUGUGCCGGUAGUUUCCUCAAACAUUGAUCAGAUAGUUCCCUUGGAUCAGUUUGCUUGCACGCCAACAGAUACUGCUUUGACGUCCAUCGAUUCUGUAUGUCCGUCUUCAGAGCCGGAGAAAAUUAAUCAUGAAAACGAUUUUCAGAAUGAGAUGAAACUUCUGAAAAUAGAUGAUCAAAUUUCACAGCUUCUCACCCAAACAUAUAAGUCUUUAAUAGAUAAUGUUCCUGAGAAAGAGUUGAGACCAAAAGGAGACCCAGAUGUAACUUCUGAAAGUGACACUGGAAACAGAAAAGAAAUCAAUAGAAAAAUUUCUCGAAGAUCUAGAUUACCAUAUUAUCCGAAAACUGCUCAAGCCAUUAGGCAUCACAAUAGAAACAACCCUUUUAUAAGUUGUAAUCGUAAAAUUAAACAACCAUAUUUUAAAGAAUUAUAUGUAAGAUCAUCUUUAGCAAACUGUAAUGUAUUAACGGAAGCAGAACAACCAAGGACUGAAAUAAUUAAAGUAGAAAAAAGUAGCUCAGAAGACACCACUUACCGGUCUCUUGUUGAACAGCUAGAGCAAGAGAGAGAGAAGAGAUGGAAAGCUCAACAAACUGAAAAGAAACUAAUGGACUAUAUCAGUGAAUUGCAUAAGAAUGCGAAAGAAAAGAAAGAUGUCCACAGUCUGGCUCUGCUUACCACAGAUAGACUAAAAGAAAUUAUUUUUAAGGAGAGGAAUGCCAAAGUACAACUCGAAGUUAUGGUUCACACACUUCAGAAUGAAAUUAAAAAACUAACUGUUGAAUUGCUUAAAGCGAGAGAUCAACAAGAAGGUCACCUUAGAGACUUAAGAACCCUGGAAAAGGCAUUAGAGAAAUUGGAGAGGCAAAAGGUUCAUCAGCAGGUGGCUCAGAGAAGACUUAUCGAAGAGGUAGAGCUCAAAGCUUCAGCUGCUGAUAGAGAAAUAAACCUACUUAGAAAUUCCCUUCAUCAAGAAAAGGAAAAAUUGCAACAGCUUCAUGAACUUUUUGCAGUGAAAGAACAAGAACAUAGGAAAGAACUUGAAACCAGGGACAUUUUUAGUGAAGCUGACUUCCAGGAUGCCUUAGCGAAAGAAAUAUCCAAACGAGAGAGCAAGCAUGAGAAAGAUAUAAAAGAAUACCAAGAGAAAAUUGAACUGUUAAUACAGCAGUAUAUGGAUUUAGAAGAUGAAUUCCGAAUUGCUCUGACUGUUGAAGCCAGAAGAUUUAAAGAUGUUAAAGAUGGUUUUGAAAAUGUUGCAACAGAAUUAGCGAAGAGCAAACAUGCUCUUGUUUGGGCUCAACGAAAGGAAAAUGAAUCUUCCUCUUUAAUUAAAGAUCUGACCUCUAUGGUAAAGGAGCAAAAAACAAAACUUGCAGAAGUUUCCAAAUCGAAGCAGGAAACAGCUGCAAAUUUACAGAAUCAGAUCAAUACUCUCGGCCUUCUGAUUGAAGACGACAAGCAGAAGAGUAUUCAAAUAGAGCUUCUCAAGCAGGAGAAGGUCCAGCUGAUCUCGGAGCUCGCGGCCAAGGAGUCACUCAUUCACGGCUUGCGGACAGAAAGAAAAGUGUGGGGACAGGAGCUGGCCCAGCAGGGUGCUACUCUGGCCCAAAAUCGUGGAAAUUUAGAAGCCAAAGUUGAAAAUUUAUGUAGAGAGAAUGAAACUCUUCGAAAGACAAAUGAGCGUGAUUGUGAUGCUUUAAGAAUUAAAAGCAAAAUUAUAGAUGACCAAACCGAUACCAUCAGGAAAUUGAAAGAUUGUUUACAGGAAAGAGAUGAAGACAUUAAAACAUUACAAGAAAAAAUUUCCGAAAUACAGAGAUGUGCACAGGAACAACUUGAGGAAAAAUCUUCACAACUAGAUAUUGUGAUCGAGAAAUUAGAAAGACACAAUGAAAGAAAAGGAUUGCUGAAACAACAGUUGAAAGAAAAGGAAGAAGAGCUUGAAGAAAUUAGAAAUGCUUAUAGUACACUCAAUCAGAAGUGGCAAAAUAAAGGAGAACUUCUAAGUCUUCUUGAAGUGCAAGUAAAGGAAGUGAAGGAAAAAUUUGAAACCAAGGAAAGGAAACUUAAGGAGGAAAGAGACAAAAGUAUUGAAAUACAAAAGAAUGCACUAGAAAAGCUUCAUAGUAUGGAUGAUGCCUUUAAAAAACAAGUUGAUGCAAUUGCUAUGGCUCAUCAAAACGAAAUAUUACAACUAUCAAAUGAAAAACAGAAGUACCUUGAAUCUGCGAAUGAGAAGGUUUACCAAGUUGAAGAAGAAAUGCGUGGGCUUCUGGAAGAAACAAGCAAAAACAAAAGAUCUUUGGAAGAAAAAAUUAGGCAACUUGCUUGUGCUCUGUGUGAAAUUCAGCAAGAACUGUGAUGGCCUGAGAACAAAACUACUGGAAGUGGACCAGCACCCUACUGUAUAAAAAUGAUUAAAUAUUGUACAAGUAGUAACUGUAUGACUUUGAAA